AUGGUGCACUAUGGCCACUCGAACCAGCUACGCCAGGCUCGGGCCAUGGGAGAUUAUCUGAUUGUUGGAGUCCACACAGAUGGUAAGAGGCUUUCUCAGCUUUUCACCUCGUGCUGCCUCUAGAAUCGCCCAGCAACGUUAGCCCCGAGAGAACGGAGAUACUCUGAUACAAAGCAGGCUUCUUCCUGCGUCUCCGCAAGGAGCAGCAGCCUCCAAAAGAAAAGUGUCUUCCCUGGAGGAGAUUGCCAAGCACAAGGGCCCCCCUGUCUUUACACAGGAGGAGAGGUACAAAAUGGUGCAAGCCAUCAAGUGGGUGGAUGAGAUUGCUCCAGGAGCUCCCUAUGUCACCACACUGGAAACCCUGGACAAAUAUAACUGCGACUUCUGUGUGCACGGUGAUGACAUCACCUUAACAAUAGAUGGCAAGGAUACCUAUGAGGAAGUGAAGACAGCGGGGCGAUACAGGGAAUGCAAACGCACCCAAGGUGUGUCCACUACUGACCUCGUUGGCCGCAUGCUGCUCAUGACUAAGGCUCACCACAGCAACAUAGAUGAGGACCUAGACUAUCGGAAGCACACUGACAACUUUGGGAAGUCUUGUAGAGCAGCUAGCUUUAGGGGAGCGAAGCCGGUGCUGGAGCGGGUGACUCGGUGGCUGUUUCCAAAACUGCCACAUGGCGGGGACAAAGCUCCGUCUUCGGUUUCACCGGCGCUGGGACCUGGCCCUUGCUGGAGCUGUGGGCGAUCCCCUCCCGGCUUGGCACGCCAUCGGCCAGGUGAACGGGGGCCAAAAGGUCACAGUCCCUGGACUGGCGUCUCGCAAUUCCUACAGACAUCUCAGAAGAUCAUCCAGUUUGCAUCAGGGAAGGAGCCACAGCCAGGAGACACUAUCAUCUAUGUGGCUGGAGCCUUUGACCUGUUCCAUAUUGGGCAUGUGGAUUUCCUGGAGAAGGUUCACCAGCUGGCAGAGAAACCCUACAUUAUUGCUGGGCUCCACUUUGAUCAGGAAGUAAAUCGCUACAAAGGGAAGAACUAUCCCAUCAUGAACAUCCAUGAGAGAACGCUCAGUGUCUUGGCCUGUAGGUAUGUCUCAGAAGUGGUGAUUGGAGCCCCCUACGCUGUCACUGCUGAUCUGCUGGAUCACUUUAGGGUAACACUUGUGUGUCAUGGGAUGACUGAGGUGGUGCCAGAUAAGGAUGGUUCUGAUCCAUACGAGGAACCGAAGAGACGCGGCAUUUUCCAGCUGGUGGACAGUGGCAGCAAUCUCACCACAGAUUUAAUUGUGCAAAGAAUCAUCAAGAACAGGCUGGAGUUUGAAGCUAGGAACCAGAAGAAGGAAGCAAAAGAGCUGGCUGUGUUGGAGGCCAUGAAGAGACUGGAAGAGGAGAAGCACUAGGCCAGCAGAGAGCCAAUGCGUGGGUUGCAGAGCGCCACAGUCUCACCCUCUUGAGGAGCAGACAGCUCUUUGAGAGGGGACCCCUGAACGGGGACACCGCUGCCGGCAUGCAGGAUGUGCUGUCCUACCCUCUUCUCUCCUAGCUCCUCCUGCACUAAUUAUGCAGACAUAACGAGUCGGGAUCCUGCUGCCUAGUUUUUCCUCCGUUAAUCAGCUCCCGUCCCCUUUCCCAGGAGGAGAUUUGACAAAAGGAAAAAAACCAAACAAACAGUUUUAAUUAUAACUAAUGUUUUAACAUGUUGAUGUGCUUUUACCUUCUGCCAUUUCUGGCUUUUAGCAGGGAGGGAAAUGGAGCAGCCACCCAGGCCCCCUCUGCCCCUCCAGGUUUGGCUGUCCUGACCUUUCCAGAGCAGCCCUUUGGGUGGUGGUGGGGGCUGCUGGACAGACUGGUGAGAACAGCCUCCCUGGGGAAGGGGCACAGCACCCGCAGUUCCUCCUGCGAGCUUUUGGUUAGGGACGCUGGGCCAUCAGUGUGGUGGCUGCUGGAGGUGCCGACAGGCCCUGUGCUCUAGGGUUUGCCGUGCUGCCUCUUCUCAGCUGCUGCUUCUGCAUGAAUACUAGACCCAAAGCUACUUUGGGUUUAGUGGGAUAAAGCCUCUCUCCGCUGUGACUGGUGCCAGCGAAUCGUUUGCUGCCCCAGUAACAGGCAGUGGUGUGGCGGCUGCUGAGAGGGGCAUGUGGCUGGUGGCACAGGGCCCCUCGGUUCUGCUGUUUCCCUGGCAGGUUGAGGCAUUUCUCCACACGAGGCAUGGGAACCCUGGGGUCUUUUGCCAAAGGCUCUUCCUGUCUCAAGGCAGCAGGACCUGGCAUUGCACGUAGACCGUGCUCAGCACCCUGCUUGCUGCCGCCACCAGAGUCCACCUUGUGCCUGACGGGUUACCUAAGGGAAGGACCUUGUAGGCUGAAAUUUCACGGCUGUUUUCUGAGGGCUGACAUGCAGCACGCAUGCCCCUGGGGGGAGGUGCGGGGCCUGAGGAGGAUGGGUGCUGGGCUGAGCCCCUUUCUGCCUCUUACAUUCCAGGGUGCUGUGUUGGGUGUCCUGGGCCGCUCCCUGUACUGUGCUGGACGGUCCUUCCACGCCAGUUCUGUUGUCCUCUCUGUUGUAAACUUUUGUUGCUGAUCAUUAAUAAAAUGUUGAAGAGUU